AUGCAUACUGAUGAUUCAGAUCGACAAUGUCUACAUAUACUGCAACAAACAACCCGAGCCUGGAGGGAUGGUGGGUAUGCUGCGCAUGCUAUCGAGAAGUCGAUUCCGAGACAUGGGACUGGUACUGUCCCGAUUGCUCGCAUCCCUACUGCACCUAUUGUUCCGUUCCUUAGCAGCAGGCUUGGUAUUAGACACCGACUGCCAUCGAAUACGAGAUCAAGAAGCUCGUAUGGGAUAUGA